CUCCAGUCCAGUCCAGGCAGCGUCCUGCAGCCACGGUUCGAGGCUCCGUCCCCCCCGGCUCUCCCCGGCGCGUCGCCCCCUUCAGGCAGCAGCAGGGAGCAGCAGGAGAGCCUGCAGAGGGAGAAGGAGGAGGCGCAGCGGAGGGAGAGAGACAGGGAGGCGGAGGAGAGGGAGAGGGAGAGGGAGAACCAGCGAGAAGAGGUGCAGAGGCUGCAGGGCUGCUGUGAGCAGCAGGACGGGCGUCUGAGGAGCCUGAGGGAGGAGCUGAGGAGGACCACGCUGGGCCUGGAGGUCUUCAUCAUCACCACACAGCACUACUGCCAGAAGGUCGAGUGCUCCUCACUGAAUGAGAAGGAACUGAACAAUGAAAUACAGAGGAUCAGACAUGAAGUGGCUGCGAACGCUGUCCAAUGGGAGAGGCUUCAGCGGGAGAAGGAGGAGCUGGAGGCGGGGUUUGAGCGUGAGCUCCAGGAACUGCAGCAACAGCAGGAGGCGGAGUUAGCAGCGGUGGAGGCCGGGCUCAGGAAGUGUCACUCAGGCGAGACGGAUCACCUGAUGGCGGAGCAUCAGUCAGAGGUGGAGGAGCUGAGGGCACAGCAGCAGGAACAGAUGGAGGAACUGACCAUCAACCAUCAGGCUGCUGUUCAGGAGCUGAGAGACAUGCACAACAUCACCAUGGCAACACUGCACGAGGAGCAUGUGCGCACUGUGAGGGACCUGAGGAAAGCCCAUGAGCAGCAGAAAAUUAUUCUGGAGGAGAAUUUUGAGAAGCUGCGACUUUCUCUGCAGGACCAGGUGGACACGCUCACAUUCCAGAACCAGAGUCUGAGGGACAGAGCAAAGCGCUUUGAAGAGGCUCUCAGGAGAAGCACAGACGAACAGAUAGUGGAAGCUCUGGCUCCAUAUCAGCAUAUUGAUGAAGAACUCAAGAGUCUGAAAGAAGUGGUGGAGAUGAAGAACCAGCAGAUACAUCAACAGGAGAGAAAGAUAUCUGAUCUGGAGAAAGUGGCCCAAAAGAACGUCUUCCUGGAGGAGAAGGUCCAGGUUCUCCAGCAGCAGAACGAGGACCUGAUGGCUCGUAUCGACAAGAACCUAGCUCUGUCCAGGCAGCUGUCCGAGGAGAACGCCAACCUCCAGGGCUCGGUGGAGAAGGAGAGCAGCGAGAAGAAGCGCCUGAGCCGCAACAACGAGGAGCUGCUGUGGCGCCUCCAGACCAGCCCCCUCAUGUCGCCCUCCUCCUCCCCCAUCCACCGCUCCUUCUCCUCCUCCCCCAUGCCCUCCUCCCCCUUCUUCUCUUCCUCGCCCACGGGGGGGGCCUUCGGGAGCGACUCCCCCGCCCAUUGUUGCGGCUACCCGGCAACCGCCUCCCACUGCCUCUCGCCGUCGCACAGGGCCGCGGCCAACCAGAAUCUCUCGCCGGGCCCGGCGACGCCGACGCAUCGGGCGACGACCAAUCAGAAUUACUCCCCGGGUCCGUCCACGCCGACUCACCGAGGGUCAGCCAAUCACUGUCAGUCGCCUGGCCAUGUUAACCCCCUGCAACGAUGAGCACUCUUGUUCGUCGCUUGGGGGGCUUUUCUCUCUUAUCUCGUACUUUCCGCUUCUCUCUGUUCCUUUCUCUUGGCCUCACUUUUCUCCUCCUUUCUGUCUCCCUCCACCCUCUCUCCCUCUCUCUUUCUCUCUCUUUCCACCCAUUCCCACUGGGCUUGGAAGUUGUCCUGUACCCACAGACAGUGUUGAAAUGUAACAUGUGGUGUUUGUUUUCAACCACUGCGUAGGAAUGCAGACUGUAGAUAUGAUUCCCCACUGCAUGGUCAUUUAUGUACAGAGGCAGACAGACAGGCUGACUGACUGACAGGCAAGCAGGCAGGCAGGCAGACAGGCAGACA